AUGACGACUAAAACAAGUUCACACACAGUGUGUUACACUGUCAGCUGUGGCCUACUACACAGGCAUGAGUACUACACUGUCAGCUGUAGCCUACUACACAGGCAUGAGUACUACACUGUCAGCUGUAGCCUAGUACACAGGCAUGAGUACUACACUGUCAGCUGUGGCCUACUACACAGGCAUGAGUACUACACUGUCAGCUGUAGCCUACUACACAGGCAUGAGUACUACACUGUCAGCUGUAGCCUACUACACUGGCAUGAGUACUACACUGUCAGCUGUGGCCUACUACACAGGCAUGAGUACUACACUGUCAGCUGUGGCCUACUACACAGGCUGAGUACUACACUGUCAGCUGUGGCCUACUACACAGGCAUGAGUACUACACUGUCAGCUGUAGCCUACUACACAGGCAUGAGUACUACACUGUCAGCUGUGGCCUACUACACAGGCAUGAGUACUACACUGUCAGCUGUAGCCUACUACACAGGCAUGAGUACUACACUGUCAGCUGUAGCCUACUACACAGGCAUGAGUACUACACUGUCAGCUGUAGCCUACUACACAGGCAUGAGUACUACACUGACUAAUGUACAGCACAGACUCAUGUACGACAUAAACUGA